UCCCUGGCUGGCGGACACGCGCGCUGUUGGACACGGCUGGAACGCGCCUCCGUCCUCGUCUCUCUUGGCCCGCCUGCGUGCGAAGCUGCUGCAGGAAAGCUGAGGAGUCCCGUGACACGUUAGCGCGGUCAUGGCGUCGGCAGCGACGCCCGACUUGGGCGACCUGUCCCGCCUGUACCAGACGGAGUUUGUGCGCAGCGCCCGCGCGGUGGGUGCGCUUUGGGCCGUGUGCACGCUAUGCUUCGCCAUCAUCCAGGUGGUUAUCCUGGUGCAGCCAUCCUGGAUCGGAACCGGCGACGUGCGGCACCUGGGGACGGGGCCAUCCCCGCCCGCUGGAACCCUCGGAUUGUUUGAGGUGUGUCUGGAGUCGGACCGGCCCGUUCCAGAUUGCCGCGGCCGUCUGUCCAGUCUGUCCCCUCUGCCGUCCUUCCAGUCAGUGGCGGUUCUGGUGGGCAUAUCCCUGUGGGCAGUUUGGACCAGCGUGGUUUGUCUGUGCCUCUUCCGUUUCUGCAGCGCCGCCACCGUCUACAAAAUCUGCGCCUGGCUGCAGCUCACAGCAGGGUUCUGCUUGGCAUUAGCGUGUCUGCUAUUCCCCGACUCAUGGGAGAGUCCGGAGAUGAGAGUCCUGUGCGGUGACUCUGUGGGCAGCUUCUCGUCGGGGAACUGCUCGAUCCACUGGGCUUUUAUCCUAGCCAUCCUUGGCGUUUUGGACGCCGCCAUCUUGUCCACGCUAGCAUUUGUGCUGGCUAACAGACAAGAUGCCCUGCUGCCACCGCUUGGCAAGGAAGUGACUACAGGACUGCUGAUGUCAGCGUAGACAUCGUGUGACUUGUCGUCCUUCUCAGACAAUGACAUCAUCAUCACAAUGGCAUCAUCAUGAUGUGCUGAAGACACAACGAAAGAUGGAACUGUUAUUCAUGACCUCAUUGUGUUCAAGCAUGUCAAGUGUUUAGCAGUUAGCGUAGUUAGUUCGCUACCAGUGGUGUGGAGUGUGUUAAGGAGUGACCACACAAGAUAACCGUUAGCAUAGCUUGUUUCACGUCUGAUCUUUCUUCAGUGUAUUUUCCGUAAAAACAAACUCUUUUUUUUUUCCUCUUUGUAUGAGCGCUCUCACCUUAAACAAAAACCACUGUGUACCUUGCCUUAGUGUAGCAACAGUGUGCAUCACGUUUCCAUAAAAAUUGUGUUUUGAUUAGGGUUGGGCACGUCAGUAAAUUUUGCCUGUCCAUCAUUUUAAAAAACAGACAGACAGUGUAGUGAUUGCUGGAAUACAAACAAUAUGGAACAAUGUCAUUGCCGGUGAAAGACAAAUACAAUACAACCAGCUUCCUUUACCAGCCGCGAUGACCUAAAAAAAGGAGCAGGCUUGGAGAAUGGGAAAGAAAAUUGAGUGAAGUUGACUGAAAUUGAAACAUGGUUAACGAUUUGAACUUUAUUAUUACUUUUGAUUACAUUGUGCCAUGUAGGCAUGCACACUUGUGGUCACAUGACAAGCUGGAGUGCACAAACACAACUGGAAGGAAAUAAUCACAGAGCUUUGAAUGAUGUUCUUGGUGGUGCCACUUUGAACUUGACCUCCAUCCAUACAACGACACAAAUGACAAUACGAUGAGGCAGCCGUGGCCAGGUGGUUAGGCUGGAGCUAUUAUCCUGUCGUGUGGGGCAUGUCAAGAUGACUUUUUUCAGACCUGAUCUUUUCAAUGACUAAGGAGGGGUAGACAAAUAUAAUUGGCCUAAUAUGAGCUUUUUUUUUCAGUAAAAGCCUGAUUGGCGGAUAUCUUUGAAGAUGAUCCAGAUUAUUCUGUGGUGUGGUUUAGAUAUUUCUUUGUAAUUGAGUUUUUUUUUUUUACUUUUGAUCAAAUUCAGCAAAGGCCAACUUGUUAAAGAGGACUCUUGAUUGUUUUAUUGUGUGGGGUGUGUUAAAAGUAACCCCCCCCCGCUGGUCCUGUUAAUGAUUGAAGUGGGAUACACACCUACCGAUAAUCAGGCUUCAUUUAAGAACUUUCCCACCGAUAUAGUAACAUUUUGCAAUGACCCUAUGAUGAGGACAUUUCUUGAAUAGGCAUAUGUUCAUGACAAUAAAGAUGAAUCUGCUCAA